GAGAACACACUAUCCACUCUUUGUAGCCUAGAGAGAAAAAUUGCAGGACAAUGAAUCUCUCGGGGAUGAAGCUUUGCGGGUGCAUCGCUUUGCUGCCGUCGUCUACGUUGGCGUUCUUUCUCAAGAAUCUGGCACGGAGCGAGCCCAGAAACAGCGCGUUGCUUCCGGAGCUGGAACGCCUGAUCGCGGCGUCCGAUUCCGGCAUCGAUGGCUCGUACGAAGAAAGCAUCAAGGACACGAUGGUCGAGAUCAGCAAAUCGCGCGAGGGAGACCAGCGCGAAUCCCUGCCCGGAAGGUGGGAACUCAUUUUCACGACGGAAAAGGAGGUCAACUUUUUCAAGACGUCCUGGCCCUUUGCAGAGGUCUCUCUCAUCACCCAGCGAUUGGAUAUAACGGACGAGAAGUUUGUCAACAACGUCAUCGGAUUCAAAGGGGGUGCCGAAUUCGCCGUGACGGGUUCUGCGGGCCCGGUGGACGGAGACGACGAGUACGAUCGCGUAGCGUUUGAGUUUACCAGCGCGAAAGCUGUUGUUUGGGGGGUAGAAAUCUCUCUUCCUCCGCUUGGCACGGGCUGGUUUGAUACGAUGUAUUGCGACGACACCUAUCGAUUGAGCCGCGAUUCGAGGGGAGACUGGAGCGUCUUUAAGCGAAUAGGUUAGCAUUAACUUUUAAGAACCUUCGCAACCGACACUAAACCCAAUAGUAGGAUUUUCGAAACAAUGGUCCAAAGCAUAGCACCCUGAAGAAGUUGUCAUUUCCGGAGCAUCUACAUAGAAAGUUGAAGUGCCAGGCAUGCAUUAAAAAUAAGAAUCGCGGGUGAAGUGGAUGAUUCUGUAUUGUAAAAAUAGUAUGAAUGCUGCACUCUCGAAAGCUUUCCGUUGUGCAGUGAAAAGUACUAUUAUUUGGAUAUCCAGCAGCUGGCUGCCAUUCCUUUCGCUCGUCAGGCAAGAUCUACGGGUUGCAUUUCAUCGUCCGCGACACCCCGUAACUGCGUUCGGUCCAAUCCUUGUAUGUAGGAUUCCAACCUGUGGUGCUUCAGCAUGCUCAUACUCAGGAGCACGUCGUGCAUCGACCAGAGCAGGGAUUCCCGCAGAGCUUCCCUUCCCCCCUUUUUCAGGUUCCCCACCUCGUGGAUGCUACAGAUGCAUCCCAGUCGCCGCGGUCGCACAAGGUAUGCCCUCCCCGGAAUGGCUAGCUUCUCUUCUUCGCCCUCGCUUCCGUGGGCAUGGCUCUGCAACCCAGACACGGUCAUGCUCAUGGUGUCCGAUACCCACCCCAGCUGCUU